ACUUCCUUUCGACCACCAUUCCAAGAACAAGUCCAACUUUCUCUCUUUCUCAUUUUUCAACCAAAAAACGAAAAUCAACUCCUCUUCUUCGUUUUCUUUAUAUUUAAACCCAUCUUACACACUCUUCUACUUGGGGGGAAAAAAAAAAAAAAAAAAGCUUUGAACAAAGCCAUAAACAAGCUCAGAAUUUUCAAACUAGACUAGGGUUUUGAAGAUCAAAUCUUUAUAGAAACGAGUUUCAAUCAGCGACAAUGGGAGAACCAACUCGGUUUGAUCGAUCAUUGGACGAUUCCAAGGCCGUGGAGCUAACGGGGAGAAUAAUGGUGGUGGCGAUCAUAGUCUUUUUCGUGGUCGUGGUGUUCGUAAUCUUUCUCCACUUAUACGCCAAGUGGUUCUGGUGGAGGAUCGAGGAGGACGCGGCGGAGUCCGGCCAGCAGCAAUCCCGCCGGCGACGGCGCCGUUUCGUCUUUGCUCCCGGUCAGGACCCUACCGUCCCUGCUCUUCGGAGAGGCCUCGAGCCUUCCGUUCUCCGAUCACUUCCGGUGCUGGUUUACCGCGCGGAGGACUUCAAAGAAGGCCUUGAAUGCGCGGUUUGUCUCUCUGAGCUCGUCAAUGGCGAAAAGGCCAGGCUUUUGCCGAAAUGCAACCACGGAUUCCACGUCGAUUGCAUCGACAUGUGGUUCCAGUCGCACGCGACUUGUCCGCUCUGUAGAAACUCGGUAUCUCCCGUGAGUUCGUCGGAUUCCACUGGCUCGGAGAAUGUUCCGGAAGAGAAUUUGAGCUCCGAUUAUACGUCGGGGGUUCCGAAUUUCCCUACAAAUGUUUUGUUUUGGGGAGACGAGACUCAGGUUAGCUCCGGCAAUGCUUGUUUGGAAGAAGGUCCGUCUUUUCAAUCUCAACCCUCGGCUGUUGUUCCUUCCUCUUCGUCGUCCUCUUCAUCUACGACUAGGAUUGUUGGUGCGUUGGUGAUCGAUAUACCGAACGAGAACCCGGCGGCGGCGUCUUCACUAUCUCCUUCCGGCGACGAAUUGAAGUCGCCGGUAACGACGAGGUUGAGGUCGCUGAAGAGGCUUUUGAGCAGGGAAAGAAAAGUGAGUCCUUGUAGUCCUAGUUCUGGAGAUAUUGAGCAACCAAUCAGAGGACCGAGCUAAGAAAAUGUUUUAUGAGAAAAUUGGAUGUUUGGAUUUAGUUUUACUCCAGUCUCCAGCCAUGUUUGUACACAUUUCACAUUUGGUAUUGGAGCUUUGAAGAAGAAAAU